AUGGCGACGACAGCGCCGAGAAGAGAGGAAGAUGCUGGAGCGAAGAAGCCGGUGGUGAAUUUCUCCCGGCUGAGGCGGGACAUUGGCAGUAAUCAUGGUGCAAGCGAGGAGAAGGAGGUGGUGCAAGAGGAGAGGAAGGACAGUGCGAGGCCAUCGGAUCUGAAGCGACCAGACUUGGAAGAGCUCAUUCAAGCGGCGUACAACGAUGACCGCAAUGUCCACGCCAUACAGACCUUCUACAAGUCGAAUGAGGGCAAAGCUCUGCCCGACGAACCUCGCUUCUCGACAGAUACUCUCAGCACGAUUGCUUCCGUAGCAGAACUUCAGGACACCUCCAGACCCGACAGCGAAGUCCUCCCCAACGAGCCUCUCUUCUUCGCGGACGACUCUCCUGCCUCGGAAAAGCACAUAGCAGAGCUCCCCGACACCUCGAAAGGCACCCGCAUCGAGACCGGCUCCAUCGUCGAGCUCCCGGACCCCUCUCCCAGCACAAUCAGCUCCGCUGAAACACAAUUCCGUUGGGAAGACCGGCAACCAACACCCACUUCCAAUCCAUCCAAGCCAUCGCAGCCCAAACCAGCCCCCACACAACCUCUUAAAUCCAUCCUCCGCAAAACACCAACCCGCACCAAUACUUCUACAUCGACAGACACAAUCUCUCCACCCUCCAGCUCUUCCUCGGCCACACCCUUAAAGUCCAUCCUCAAACACACCACCGUAGAGCAGUACAGCGAGGUCGCGAACUCCGAAUUAGGCGAGGAUGGGAACAGCCAUCAUACGGUAUCGGAAAACAGCACGUCGAGAAAUGGGAGUGUGGAUAGUAGUGGGAAGUGGACGAGUAGCAAUUUUGAUACCAGUCAGCUCAGUGAGAAAGAGCUGAAGAAGUUGGAGAAGAAGGGCAUAAAUCCGGCGCUGUAUCUUGAGAUGAAGGCGGCGAGGGGUGGGAAGAAGUUUGGGGGGUUGGGGAGUUUGACGGGGAAUGCGUAUGUGAGUUGA